AGCGAACUUGACAAAAGUAUUUUUAAGCACUUUAUUGAACAAAUUCGAGAAAGUAGCUCUCAUGAUGAUGCUGCUGCUUUAGAAAAUCAUUUUAAAAGACUCCCAAGAGAUUAUCGACAAGAUGUAUCUGAAGUUUUCCGGUCUCGUACAUUAUUUUUACUUGAAGUUUCGAACAGAGAUUGGACAAAGGAAAAUAUCACUGCUAUUAAAAACCUUCUUCAUGAGGAUAACCUAAACUGGGGCAGAGAGGAAGUUAUUCGAUUAUUAGAUUUAACAUCUCGAUCAAAUACCUUGGAAUUAUUAAAUAUAUUUCCUGAAAUUUUAGAUAAUUGGUUUCGUAAUAAUUUUUCCGACACUAAAGAGAACAAGAUACCGACAACCUGUGUGGCUUGGUUUAAAAAUCUUUUAAUCAAACUUGACACGGGUACGAGCACAAAAAAUAGAAAAGAAAAUAACAUUGUGUUUUCGGUAUUUUUACAUUUAGAACACAUAUACCCUUUGCUUGGUCAUCGAAAAAAUGUUUGGCAAAGCUUGACAACCAGUGCUAUCGAAAGAGUUAGAGUAUGUUCGGAAUCUCAAAUAUUUGGCGCUACAAAAUUUAUAGUACAGAUAAAAGAACAAGAUAUUAGAACGUUAUUUUUAGAUAUGAUAAAAGAAAUGCUGAAUAAGGCC